AUAACAUGAUGAUUGGGUGUUUUUGCAAACAAAGUAAUAGAUGGAAAUUCGCACCAAUCAGAAUUCCUCUGUUGCGGAGGCGACGCUUCAGCUUAAUUCCGGUGAUAAACCGUCGCCGGGUUCAAUUCCUUUUAUCUCCGGUCAACACGGAAACAUAAGCACUUCAGCGACGAGUUCUACUAGCACUAGUUCAGGUAGUGCUCUUGCCGUAGUUAAAUCCGCCGUGAAAAAGCCAACUAAAGAUCGGCACACUAAAGUCGAUGGCCGUGGACGGCGAAUUCGUAUGCCGGCGAUGUGCGCCGCUAGAGUUUUUCAGCUUACUAGGGAGUUAGGUCAUAAAUCCGAUGGAGAAACCAUCGAGUGGCUUCUCCAACAAGCUGAGCCAGCUAUUAUCGCUUCUACAGGUACCGGUACGAUUCCGGCGAAUUUCUCAACGUUAAACGCUUCUUUACGCAGUGGUGGCGGCUCCACCUUAUUUUCUCAGUCGUCGAAGUCUUCUUCUUCGCCGCUCUCGUUUCAUAGCACUGGAAUGUCUCUUUAUGAAGAUAAUAACGGGACUAACGGAUCAUCGGUAGAUCCCUCUAGGAAGUUACUGAAUUCAGCCGCAAACGCGGCUGUUUUCGGUUUUCAUCAUCAGAUGUAUCCGCCAAUAAUGUCGACGGAGAGAAAUCCGAACACUUUAGUGAAACCUUAUAGAGAAGAUUACUUCAAGGAGCCUAGCUCUGCAGCGGAACCAAGCGAGAGUUCUCAGAAAGCGGGUCAGUUUCAGGAUCAAGAGUUAGGUCCGGGUCGUGGGACGGCUAAUGUGGUGCCUCAACCUAUGUGGGCUGUUGCGCCGGGGACUACAAAUGGAGGAAGUGCGUUCUGGAUGCUUCCGAUGAGCGGUUCGGGUGGGCGGGAGCAGAUGCAGCAGCAGCCGGGUCACCAAAUGUGGGCGUUUAAUCCAGGGAAUUAUCCGGUUGGGACAGGACGAGUAGUAACUGCACCAAUGGGGUCAAUGAUGUUGGGAGGUCAACAGCUAGGAUUAGGAGUGGCAGAGAACAAUAUGGCGGCUGCAAUGCGUGGCAGUAGAGGCGAUGGUUUGGCCAUGACUCUGGAUCAACAUCAGCAUCAGCUCCAACAUCAAGAGCCAAACCAGACUCAAGCUAGUGAAAACGGUGGUGAUGACAAAAAGUGACCAAUCGUCUUCUCAUUCCACCUCAUGACAUUGUAAUGACCACACUCUCGAUCUGCGGUUUGGCGAUUAGCAACUCCAAUUGUGAAACAUAUGUUUUGGCUGUUGAAUGCUGCCAUGCCUGAAUGACAAAAUAUGGUGAAACAGAUAUGGUUUUAAGCUUUUGAACAGAUUUGUCACAUCAUUUGUGGGUUUUUGUGUGUCAGUGUGUUUUCUCGAUUUCAUCUUUCCUUUUGAUUGUGCUUUUGAUUAAUAGAUAUGUGAAUAUGUU